AUGUUCAUCUCCCUAUCCCGUGUGCCUCUGACCAUUAAUGCCAAAGCUGAUCGUCGACAAUUACGCGAUCUGGCGACAUCCCGGUCUCAAGAGGAUAACUUAGCAUUUUCCCUGGCCAACAGCGUGAAGCAGGAACCGAGCACGCCAACGGAAAUGCAGCUCCGUGCAUUGUGGGCCAAGGUCUUCCAGGUUGAAGAGCAUGUCCUGGGCAAAAAUGAUCAUUUCCUUCGGUGCGGUGGAGAUUUUAUCAUCGCGAUGAAGCUCACGAGUCACGCGCGAUCUGCAGGCUUCAGCUUGACUGUCCAAGAUAUCUUCCAAACUCCAGUUCUCGAGGAUAUGGCGGCUCUCAUAUCCCAAAGAUCGCUGCAAGAUCUGUCGCCACAGUCGACUGUGUCCUGGAUCCAUGGCCUUCUCCACUGGAUCGUGCACGUAUGGUAUGCAGGCAGCUAUACGCUCAUGAAGCAUCAGUACGUACACAUGAACGGCGUCUUGGCACCUCGAUACCGGCUGGUGGACCUUCUCUUCCCAUACAUCGUUGAUCCCUUAGUGGGUCACACAUGGAAUUCAUACUACUACCAUCACGUCAAGAUGCACUAUGUUGAGGGCAAUGGGCCCCUGGAUCUCAAUUCGACCAUGUGGUACGAUCGAGACUCGAUCGCCGAUUUCGCUCGCUAUGUGGGCCGGUUCUUUUUUCUCGUCUCGCUGGAACUGCCGCUGUACUUUCUUCGAAAGGGCCAGUACUCCACUUCGUUGAAGACGGCUUUCUGGGAGUUCAGUAACUAUUUGGCCAUCGCUCUGCUAUAUUGCUACGGUCAUGCACGGGCCACAAUCUGCGUGUUUAUUUUACCCCUUAUGACACUUCGUGCGGGAUUGAUGGCAGGUAAUUGGGGCCAGCACGCCUUUGUGGAUCCCCGUGAUCCCUCGUCGGAUUUCCGGUCUAGUAUAACGUUGAUCGAUGUUGCUAGUAAUCGAUUUUGCUUCAACGAUGGUUAUCACACAUCACACCAUUUGCAUCCCCGGCGCCACUGGAGGGAACAUCCGGUGGCGCUUUUGCGGGACCAGAAACGCUAUUCGGACGAGCGGGCGCUGGUGUUUCAGAAUGUGGAUUACCUCAUGCUGACUGUAAACUUGUUGCGAAAGAACUAUAUACACCUGGCCCGAUGCAUGGUUCCAAUUGGCGCCGAACAAAGAGCGAUGAGUCUAGAGGAGCGUGCGGACUUGUUACGCAGUCGGACCCGAAGAUUCCCCGAGUUGCACUUGGAACGGAAGAGCGCAUCUAAGCGGCGGUAA